AUGGAGCUGGUGUUUUCACGGGUCGGCGAUGAUCAGUAUGGUGCAAUACGCAAUGCCUGCACAGCGACUACGCAGUACGGCCACUUUCACUACCUUGAGAACAGCCGACUAGGGGACAAUUGUAAUGUGAACACCGAACGCAAGCCGUCGCAAAAUUACACCAUUUGCAGCACAAAAAGUUCCGGGUCUUCCAUGCCGUCACUGCCAAUUAGGAUCUGCAUCUUAGUCCUACCUCUUUGGACCACAUACUUUGGACGGACAAUUCAUAAGUUUGUCCUAACGCCAUCGGGACUAUCGGGGACUAUUGGAACGAGGGACGCACUCCCACCACCAUCGCCCAGCCGGAAAAUUUAUGACCUCGUGGUGUUUGAGAAAUUUGGUACCCAAUCAAGAAACCGGCCAAAUUCCGUCAUUUUCACUAUCACUUAUAGUACCUGGGAUAUAGACUUUGCAAACGACUAG